AUGGCGGGCAGAAAUGUCUCGUAUUUGAAGCCUAAAACACCUUCUUUCAUAGCGCAGUUCAAGGAGAAAGUGGGAUAUAAAGAACCAGAUACAGUUGAAACAAAAUUCGAAAAGCCUAAUUCGUCCAAGUUAGAUGACAGGGAACUGGAAGACGAGAAUCCAGCCGUAGUUUUAGGAUCCAAUGUAACCCAGGCCGAAGCAAAUGUUUACCUCUCGCGUUUAAAGGCGGAAGAAGAAGCCGAAAAGACAGGUAUUAACAAGCAUACGAUCAGCUACUGAGAUUUAUGUUAUGAUACAAUAAAAGGGUAUAUUUAGAAAUUACUAUUGGCAUGAUAAGGUAAACAAGGAAAACAGUAUGCAAACGCUAAUAUCUGCGUUAUCAUUGGAUCGGUUCUCCUCCUUGAUAGCUGGAAGAAAAAUUGGAUUACCUUAAGAGAUUAUCUUUGUGAUAUUAUUUAACCUAUCAAUUUCAAUCAUUUGUUUAAAUAUGAUAUGAAGGUUUUUUUCUGACCAAUCAACUUCACAAUGUUGUUCUACUCAAUGAUUUGACAGUACACUAAUUACAGUGCAAUAUUUCUUUUUAUUUUGUUGAUGUACUUACCCAGUUAGAUUUUAAAAACCACUUAGCUGUGAGGCCUACUUGUAGUUAACAUCUAUAGACACUUGUCUUUUUCCUUUAUCAGAAUUUUAUGGCUAAUGUAAAUUUAAAUCAAAAGAAGAAAAACCAUGCGAAUAAUCCUUGAAAGAAUAUUUGAUGCUGAUGAAAACAAUCACCUUGCUAAAUGAUAAACAGGACUUAAACAGAGAAAGAUGUUUUUUUUGUCUUUUCACGAGUGUGGGACAAAGAAAAAAAUUCUGAGUUCCCAUGAGGAAUCGAACCUCAGAUUUUCAUAUUCUGUGCUCUGAUGCUCUAACCACUGAGCCACAGAGACUCCACAGUGAGUGAGGUCUAUAUAUUCUAUUCUAUUACCACAUUCACUCCAGCUAAAUGCAUUUAGUUAAACCAGGUCUAACUGAAAGAAAAUCAGAAACAGAAAAGUGAAAAACUGAAUUUCCAAUAGGUUUCAAGUACUCAUUAACAUAUAUUUUCAAUGUGCUAAAUUUGAAGUCAACAAACAUUGGUUAAGCAGCUUCUAUGAAGAAAACAAUUUUAAACCAUGUUUGAAAAAGCAGCUUUAGCACAUGUUUAAGAUUUUGGUGUGAAUGGAGUUUAAGCAAAGAAAUUUAAUAUAUAAAACACUCAUUAUGGAAAACUGACCUGUCAACCCGGCAUCCAUUAUUUAAAUUCUCUUUAACAUUUUCAACCUCUACAGGCAUUACCCAUGGGCAUGGUAGAUUUAUGUUUUUUAUGUUGUAUUUGCCUUUAUUAGCAGCUGUAAUGCAACUAUGUGGAUGAUUUGAGAAUGCUGUUUGAUUUCAUUAGCAGCUGAAUUUGGGUUUCACUUCCCAAGAUCUAAUUGUUGACUCUCCCCUCUAGUUGCUACACUUUUCCUUGUAAUUAGUUACAAAAAUUUGGUGUUAGAUCAAGAUAACUGUUACCUGAUAAGUUUGAGUAUUCUUAUUACCUGUUUGCUGGAUAAUGUAUACUUAUUAUAGGGAGAAGUUACUUGUUAAUCACUUCUGAGAGUUAAAGGGUUAUGUUACUGUUUCAUUUCCUGCCACCCAACUGACUUUCAGAAGAAAUUAUAAUAAUGAUUGAAAUAUAAAUAAAUGAUGAUAAUGCCAACAUGUUUCAAAAACGCCCUCUUGCUAGCAAAAUUUUCCUAUUGUUUUAGAUGCAAUGAUGAUGUAAUCAAGAAUUAAUUUAUUAGAAAAAUUUUUCUUCAUUUUUUUUACUCAACAGAACAACUUACUCUUUUGCAAAAGAAUGGAAAUGAUAUAUUUUGUGAGAAAGGCCUUGUUAUAAGUAAAUUUUGAGUAGAAGUUGGCUGCUUAUUACUUGAUAUAAAGUAAUUCUUACAGGAGCAACUCAUUCAUAUUUUUUAUGUCAACAGAAAAGAAAAUAAAUAUUGGUGAAGGAGACGAUAACAGUAAAGAUGACGGGAAAAUCGUUUUUAAAAAGCCAGGAAAGAGGAAAUCAAAGGACAGCGAGAGGCAGUCGAAAUACAAAGCAGAUAAUGGAAAGAAAGCAAAACCUAACAGUACUAUGAAAAGUGUGAAAAACAAGACGCUUCUAUCGUUUGAUGAGGAAGAGGAUGAAGACUGAAAAGUUACUUAAUAAGGGUUGUUGUGGUGGAAGACCAUUAUGAACAUCUCGUUCUAGGAUGAAACUUCCAAGAAGAAAAAAGCCGGCAAAUUUGUUGGAUACGUUUGGAGCUUUGGUGGUAGCGGGAGUAAUUAGACAGAGUCUCAAUACUCAGUGGUAGAGCAUCGUAGAGUAGAAUCUGAAGGUCUAAGGUUCGAUACCUCAUGGGGACUCAUUUACAUUAUGGCUAAUGUAAAUGGAAAUCAAAAGAAGAAAAACCAUACGAAUAAUCCUUGAAAGAGUACUUGAUGCAAUGAAAACAAUCACCAUGCUAAAUGAAUUAGACAGAGUCUCAAGACUCAGUGGUAGAGCAUCGAAGAGCAGAAUCUGAAGGUCUAAGGUUCGAUACCUCAUGAGGACUCAGAAUUUUUUGUUUACCCCACGCUCGUAACAAGACGCAAAACAUUUUUCUCUAUUUCCUUACCGCGCUUAAAACUCUUUCUUAUUCUAUUUACAACAGCUUUCCGUGUUACGAAAACGCUGUCAGAGAGGUUAAACCUUCGGCGAAUAAUAGUUAAUUAGUAUAAUUGCUCAGGUGCUUUCGAAAUUUCCUGUAAAUAAAAAGAGCAGAGACUGCGCAUCUCUUGUUACAAUUUUUUUUAGUACUCGUAUCAAGAUAAGAGCGCAGGUUUAUUAGGUCUACUGAAUACAAUCAGCCAAAACUUCAAGUGUCCCGCCAAACCUACUGUUUUGAUUGUUUUCCUCGUUCUCUUUUUUUUCUGUAUUAUUGUAAUUUAUGUCAAGUGUGUCUUCUACGUCAAGUAAGAGCCCCAAUAAGGCAAAUCGAUCGUCAAAUACCAUUUUGAACCUAAAGCCUUAGGUUCGAAAGCCUGAUCAAGACACAAACAAUAUGACAAUUUUGACUAUAUUAUCAUUUUCGUUCGUACAAGUGGUGACGACCUUAGCGCUAUAUCCUAGGGUGUACAGUUUCACUUUGCGUAAUAUAUGUUUUCUUCAUAACAUUGUCGGUACACUCUUCUCUC